UCAGAGACGCACUUAGCACUAGUUCUUAUUAGAUUCAUUUGAACCUUCAAAUCCACAGCCACCCUUUGUCAAUCAGUUAUUUAAUUAUAUAAAAAUACAUUAUCUAAAGCUAGUCUCACGCCAUCGGUGACAGAAAAGUAGUAAGGUUUUGCUUGUAUGCAAUAUUAACUAUAUAGGCAGCUAUUCCCGAAGAGACAGAAGACGGAAGUAAGGAGCGUUAGCUAUGUAGCAAAUGACUAGCUAGAUAGGCAAAAUUAAUCUAGCCUUUUCUGUUCAUUGAAAAGCGAAUUUAACGUUAACUGACUUUGUUGUUGUUGUCGCCGGAAAUCGGUCUGUGCGUUAAGUUCUGGGAGAGCUGUCACCAUCACUGACCCCUUGUCAUCAUGUCCUCGCUGUUGAGAUUCGAUGGGAAAGUUGUGCUGGUUACUGGAGCUGGUGGAGGGCUUGGGAGAGCAUAUGCAUUGGCCUUUGGUGAGCGAGGGGCCUCCGUUGUAGUGAACGACCUUGGAGGAGAUAUUAAAGGAGACGGGAAGAGUUCUUCAGCUGCAGAUAAAGUGGUGGAAGAGAUUAAGGCCAAGGGAGGGAAGGCAGUAGCAAACUAUGAUUCUGUGGAAAAUGGAGAUAAGCUGGUCCAGACAGCCCUGGAUGCUUUUGGAAGAAUAGAUAUUGUGAUAAAUAAUGCUGGGAUUCUACGUGAUCGCUCCUUUGGCAGGACCAGUGAUUUGGAUUGGGACCUAAUCCACAGAGUGCAUCUGAGAGGCUCUUUCCAGGUCACCCGUGCGGCCUGGGACCACAUGAAGAACCAGAAGUAUGGCAGGAUCAUCAUGACCACGUCAGCCGCCGGGAUCUACGGGAACUUCGGGCAGGCGAACUACAGCUCGGCCAAGCUGGGCCUGCUGGGGCUGGCCAACACGCUGGCCAUCGAGGGCCGCAAGUACAACAUCCACUGCAACACCAUCGCCCCCAUAGCUGGGUCCCGCCUCACGGAGACGGUCAUGCCCCCAGAUCUUUUGGAGUCCUUGAAAGCAGAGUACGUGGCUCCCUUAGUUCUGUGGUUGUGCCACGACCAGUGCACAGACUCCGGCAGCUUGUUUGAGGCUGGAGCUGGCUGGAUCGGCAAAUUACGCUGGGAGCGCGCUCAGGGCUCCAUCGUGAGGCGUGGGGGCCGGGCCAUGACCCCGGAGGCCGUGCGCGAGGAGUGGGAUCAGAUCUGCGACUUCACCGACGCCACCAAGCCUGCUUCCACCGGAGAGUCACUCGCCGGCCUGGUGGCUGUGUUGUCUCAAAUGAACGAAGGCGAGGGGAUAGUGCCCAACCCCACCAGCGCCGGGAUCAACCCGCUGGAGGCGGUGGGCUGGAAGGCUCCGGACACGUCCUGCAGCUUCUCCGACAGUGACUGCAUCCUGUACGCGCUGGGGGUGGGCAUGUCCACCCGCGAACCCGACCACCUCAGGUUCCUGUUCGAGGGCCACCAGGAGUUCAGCUGCCUGCCCACCUUCGGCGUCAUCCCCGCCCAGUCCUCCCUGAUGGACGGGAGCCUGGGCUCCGCCCCGGGGCUCCAGUUCGACUUCUCCCAGCUCUUGCAUGGCGAACAUUACCUAGAGCUUUACAAACCGCUACCCACGUCAGGGAAACUGACCUCAAAGGCAACGAUCGCAGAUGUGUUGGACAAAGGAUCUGGAGCUGUCAUUAUCUUGGAUGUCAACACAUACAAUGGCGAGGAGUUGCUGUGCUUCAAUCAGUUCACGGUGUUCAUCGUGGGGUACGGCGGCUUUGGAGGAAAGAGAACCUCUGAUAAAGCAAAGAGCACAGUGGCACCCCCGAGCAGAGCUCCAGAUGUGAUCAUGACAGACAAAACCACCAGGGAUCAGGCUGCCCUGUAUCGACUGAGCGGGGACUGGAACCCUCUGCACAUAGACCCCAGCUUUGCAGCGAUGGGAGGAUUCAAAUCCCCCAUCCUGCACGGGCUGUGCUCGUUCGGGUUCGCCGGCCGGCACGUUUUGAAGCAGUACGCCAACAACGACGUCUCCAAGUUCAAGUCCAUCAAGGUGCGCUUUGCCAAGCCGGUGACACCGGGGCAGUCUCUGCAGACCGAGAUGUGGAAGGAGGGAAACCGAAUUCACAUUCAGUGCAAGGUGAAGGAGACCGGCGCGGUGGUGUUGACCGGAGGGUACGUAGAUCUCCACAGCACAGAGGACUCCGCUACUCCAGAGAAGCUCGCUGAGGCAGGGGGCCUCCAGAGUGACCUGGUGUUCGAGGAGAUCGGGCGGCGCGUUAAAGCCAUGGGGGCCGAGCUGGUGAAGAAGGUCAACGGCGUCUUCGGGUGGGAGAUCACCAAGGGGGGCGACGUCACCGCCCAGUGGACCAUCGAUUUGAAGAGUGGGGAGGGUUCCCUGCACAAAGGGCCGUUCGGCGGCAAAGCGGACGUGACGUUGACCGUCUCCGACGAGGACUUCAUGGACGUGGUGCUGGGGAAACUCAACCCGCAGAAGGCGUUUUUUGCUGGGAAGCUGAAGAUGAGAGGCAAUAUCAUGUUGAGUCAGAAGUUGGAGAUGAUCCUGAAAGACCAUGCCAAGCUGUGAGCAUGCCGUGACUGGACCAACCGGUCCAGCUUGGGCUGUUAGUCAUCCUUCUCUCCUUCUCCGGAAGGAAACGUGAUUUGCAUUAACCCGACUGACUGACCUUCCACACCCUUGCAAAAGUUAAUACGCAUUGCUUUAAAUGUGAGGAACUUCUGUAAAUUUAAGUGUGAAUCUGUCGAGAUGGGUUGCCUCUUUUGCCUGGAAUUCAUCAUCUCAAUCACUGUCAAGGGGUGUAAUGAACCCUGCUCUAGACUGUCAAUUCUGUGAUUUUUAUUACAUUGUCUAGCCAUUAAAAUAUGCUUUUGCUCUCAACACUAUCAUUUCAAACAAUUGUACAAAUUUCAAUAGGGAUGGGGAGUGGACAGUCCGUCAUGGAAGAUUUUGUAAUUAAUUGAGAUAUUAAAAGUUAUUUUGGCAAAGAUGA